AGUAAUACUAUCCCAACCCCGUUGAAAGCUUCCUCCACGAAUUAUUCGCCUGUAGUUUUCCUAAAAUAAUUUCAUGUGUUUUUCGAUCUAAAUGGGAUUUAACUCGAUUGUGUCCCCCUCUCAGUGUUUAGGUUUUGAUGUUCUGUAAUAGGAAGCAUUCACUUUUUGGUCAAAAUUUAUGUCUUUAUAUUUUCUUAGUCUCUUCUCUUGCAGCUGAAACUGUUUCUUGAAGUAUGUUGUUGUAGCUUCUAUUCAUUACUCCACUCUUGGGGAAAUCUAUUGUUUUAUUAUUUGUGACCGUUGGGAAUGUAAAGAUGGUCAGGAAGGAAGAUGUGGAUUUCUAUUGCGGGUUUUCAAGGAAAGAGCUUCAGAGUUUGUGCAAGAAGUAUAAUUUGCCUGCCAAUAGAUCAAGUUCGGAUAUGGCUGAAUCAUUAGCUUCCUUUUUCGAGAAAAAUGGUUUAAACUCGGUAGGCUUUGCGUUCCCUGGGAAUCAACAUAGUGUAGCUACGACAUCUAGAGCACCAGCGAAUAGAACAUGGGAUGUUCAAAGAGAUUCUUAUGGUAAAGAAUUGGAUAAAACUAGAGACGAUUGUGUUCAAGGUGCGGUGCCUAGAAGACCAGGCUUUUUCCUUGGGGACAAUACACCGUAUCAGGAAAGAAAUGGAAAUGGUGGUUUGAUUGAUUCUGCAUGUGCACCUCCAUAUAUGAGGACAUUGAAUGAAAAGGGCCCAACAGCUAACUCCAAGAGAACAGAUUCUCGGCUAGAAGAUAGAAUGAGAGAUGUAGACAGUGGUGAUAGUGCUAGUUCGUCUUCGUUUGAGUUUCAUGUCAGUUUGGAAGAGGGUAUUAGCCUUUCAGUUGAUCUAAAUUUCAAUCCAUCAGAUUGGAUUAAUAGCAUGAGGGAUGAGGUCAAUGUAUGUGAUAGCAUGCGUCGAAGAAAACCCCCACAUUCUGACCUUGAGAACAGAUUCUCGGCUAGAAGAUAG